AUGACUUCCACUGCGCCCUGUUUAUCCCCUCAAGUCAUUGACGGACAUUAUGUGGACCCUCGAAAAUUGAUUAGCCUGUUACAACGAGUGUAUGGGACAGUUGAUGGCAAUAACAAUUUUCGAGUCGAGUUGAGAUUGAAUCGCUACAAGAUAUACCGUCCUUCCGACGAUGAUAAUGUUCAAACGUUGACCGAGAUUGUCGAAUAUAUAGAAGGCGCAAUCGUUGAUCUGGCAGGUGUCGAAGAGGAAGAGCUCGUUAUAUCUCAAUCGGUAUUUUUGCUAAUUAUGAGAAUUCAUAAUUCUGCCAGUCUUCUAGUCAUGGAGUACGGGUGUUCUACACAUUAA